GUCAGUGGAGGAACGUGAUUGGACAGCGCACACGCCCUGUACGUCACCACGCGCCACAUGCCUCAGAGGAAAGUGGACUUGUCCACAGUCUUUUGCUUUUUGUCUCUAUCACACCUCUCCGUCUGUCUCUUUUCAGUCACAUUUCAGUUCACCGCUGCUUGACGUAGAAAAAUGCUGCUUUUGUCUAAACGGAAGUACUUGGUGAUGCGUGUUUUUUGACAAUCCUCGGAAACGUCUUGGAUAAAGACUAAAAUGGACAAUCAAAGCUGCCAUUACAAUGAGUCUAUGGGCUUUUUCUACCACAAUGUUGGUGCGGACGAUAAAUGGGACAAAACUCAGCUCAUCUUGGUUCAAGUGGUGGGCUCUUUAUUUUGUUGUUUCAUCCUGGGGUCAAACGCCAUGGUUAUCGCAGCUGUCAUCACCAACAAAAGGUUUCACUAUCCCUUCUACUAUCUGCUGGCCAACCUCGCAGCAUCGGACUUCCUGGCAGGAAUUGCAUAUGUGUACCUGAUGUUUAACACGGGUGAAAUAUCUCGAAAGCUUACAGUUAAGGGCUACUUCAUUCGACAAGGUCUUUUGGACAUCAGCCUCUCCGCAUCUCUGGCUAACUUAUUAGUAAUAGCAUUGGAGCGCUACAUAUCCGUCUUGAACUGGAAAGUCCAUAGUAACCUUACCAAGAGGAGGGUCACCUUACUCAUUGUGCUUGUAUGGGCUAUUUCAAUUUUCAUGGGAGCUGUGCCAAGUCUAGGCUGGAACUGCAUCUGUAACCUCAGUGACUGCUCCCAACUGGCGCCCAUUUUCAGCAGGAGCUACCUCAUCUUUUGGUCAGCAUCAAACUUGUUACUGUUCCUUAUAAUGGUGGCUAUCUACCUGAGAAUUUACAUCUAUGUUAAGAGGAAGACAUCCAUGCUGUCCCCACACACCAGCGGAUCCAUAAAUCGAAAAAGAACGCCCAUCAAACUCAUCAAGACAGUCAUGGUGGUUCUCGGCGCAUUUGUGUUCUGCUGGACCCCUGGGUUGGUUGUCUUACUGCUGGAUGGUCUGCACUGCACCAGCUGUAAUGUGGUCAAACUGAAGCGCUGGCUGCUGCUGCUGGCUGUGCUCAACUCUGUUAUGAACCCCUGUAUCUACUCCUACAAAGAUGAGGAGAUGUGGGCCACGUUCAAGAACCUCAUGCGCUGUAUCGGGAACGGUACCAGGAGGCAGCGCUCCACAAAAGCCAACAUGCGACCGUACAGCUCCGGACAGGACACAGGCACGAGCAGUCAGCCCCCCUCAGAAGAGAUGAAACAUGACGAACAGGAGAUACUGAAGGCGUGAAGAAUAAGCUAUGAAUUCAUUUUUGUGUGUUUAUUCAAAGUUAAACAUUGAAGCUAACUUUGGAUCUUCAAGGACCAGGAUGUUGUCUUAACGUCUGAUUACAACAUAUAUUAAAGGACCAUCUGCUCUGACACAAACGUGGAAGCUAUUUUGGAUAGUCGUUGAAACACUGGUGCACUAAGCAUUUUGAACAACAUCCUUGUGAACCCAUGGAACUGUCUUUUAUACUGUAUGUAAAAUGUCUGUUUGAACAAUGUACAUGGACCUUCUUCCACAAAUAUUUCAUUUUUAUAUAUGAAAAUAUAAUUACUUAUUUAUGGUCUACUGUUUUGUUUGCAUAAUGUUUCAAUUGUAAUGUUGUUUAAGGCUUGAGAAUAGAGGUGGGUCAUAUUGACACAAAUUCAUAUCUCAUAUUUUUAUAUAUAUUUAUGAAUCCAGAUAAUGCUGGUGACAGUUAAACAGUAAUAUGCUAAACCUUAUAUUUAAAUGUAUAGGUUAAGAUUUAAGUAUCAGAUAUAAUAGUUUCACUGUUAAUGACCCACACAAAUGCAUAAAAAUUACUUUCUAACAUUAUUCAAAAGUUUACAAAGUUGAUUCAAUUUUUAAUUUUUUUUUAUCAGCUAUUUUUGCAGCAUUUUGAAACUCUUUUAUUAUAAACACAUUUUGCAUAUCUUCCAAACAAUCACAAUAUUAUUAAUUGUUUGAUAUGUUGCCCACCUCUACUUGAGUCUUGUAUGUGCCCGUGUUUAGUGGCAUAGAUACCACCAAAGAAAGACACACCUCCCGCUGAGAUUUUCUAGUUCUUGUCACCCAUUGGUACUCAUUCCCCUUGCAGCAAUCGGCCGUGCAUGUAGACCAAACUUGUUCUACCUGUAACACAAUCAGUCUUUCAGUCGAGCUGUAGUGGCUGGUGUGAUGCAAGAGCAGCACACCUGAGCUAUAAACGUUGCGACACACUGGAUUGAAGGGUUCAUAAUGCGCUGUGUGUACUUGUACCUGUUCUCACUAUCUGGCCCAGAGGCUGUGUGACGAGACCCUGCCUAAACAUUAACCUGCUAUAAAGUGUUCAUGCCACUGCUACCAUUCCUGCUGUCUGGAUGUGAUGACUUCAUUGUUUUUAAAUGACACUGACUGAAACUUGUAGCUUGUGGUUUUUACUCUGUCUUUGAUAAGCCUCUGUAGUUCACUAAAUACACAAAUAACUCACACCAAAUGUAGUGAUUUUAUUUAAAAAAAAGAAAGCCUAGGUCUAGGCAAUCACGAUUUUUUCCCUCAUAUUGAUGGAUUACAAUUUUCUGUUUUAUUUUGUUUUAGUGAAACAAAUUAAAAAUGUCUUUCAAUAUGCAUUUCUUCUACUAAUAAAGGAUUGGCUGAAGAGCCUCUGGAUUA